AUGCGUUGUGGAACUGGCAUUGCGGCAGCCCUGCCGCUCUUUUUGAGCGCUACUGUCUUGGCUGGCUCACCAGACGAGGACUGCUCUUCAACAAUCACCAAGACUGUUCCCGAGACGACAUCCAUAGUCAUUGUUCCUACGAGUAUUUGGCCUGCAAUGAGUACCGCCAAGCCAACUGAGAACCCAGGAAGCCAGGGGUAUCAUGGCCGUGGCAAUAGUCAGGACAAAGUACCCGUGUCUCCAGGAUCCAAUGGCCUUGACAGUGGUGAUGGAAAUGGUGACCAAAAUGGCAACGGUUCUGGAAGCGGCCAAAAUAGUUCCGGCAACACCCCUAUCAGUGGUCCGGGUUCCAGCUUAGGAUCCAAUCAUGAUUUCGACAACGGCACCGGCUCUGACUCUGAUUCUGAAAAUCGUGGUGGCAAUCUUGGCUCUGACAAUGGAUCUGGAAAUGGAGCCAGCAAUGAAACCGGCAACAGUUCAGGACCCCCCGACAUUUCGGGUACUACUUCCGUGAACGACAAGAACAACAAAAGUGGCAAAGGCCGUGGAUCUGGGAAACCCACGGGAACUGAUGCAGCAAAUGGCAGUGGAAGCGACUCAGGAGACGAUGGAUUCGGGAGCGACUCGGGUGAAUAUGGAGGCGGCAGUGGAAGCGAAGAGAAUGCACGACACAGUCAUACUGAUGAUGGAAGCAGCAGUAUGGAGUCCGGACAUGGAUCUGGUGGUCAGUCUGGGGGUGUAUCCGGCUCAGGCUUGUGCUCGAGCUCCUCUGCCUGGUACUCUGGCUAUGUCUCUGGCUCAACGUAUGGAAAUGCUUCAACCGCGACUCCUCCGGUAGUCCACAGCUGGAGCGUCACCGUUCAGGUCAAGCUCCAGAUUUGCAUCGUCCUUGGUCGGCCGGCCUGGUUUCUUCCAUAUAUUCUAAAUGCCUAG